AUGCUGGAUUUCCUGGACGUUGCACAAAACGGAUUCGCCAUCACCAUCGCCAUUCUGGUGAUUCUCAAAGCCGUCAAGUAUCUGAAGAGUGGUCCCAAGCUUAUCAAAAUUCAAACGGAGGGCAUUGUUCCCGAGCAUUCCGAAAAGGUAAUUUUGCAAAGUUUGGAAAAAAACGAAAUAUUCCGUUUUUUGCAGAUCGAUCUCCUGGACACCAUCGACGAUAUUUGCGAGAUGAACCGGUGGAUCGGACGUCGGAAACGUCAGAGGAACAAGAAGUCGUUGCGAGUGCUCGAGAAGUGGGUGGCGAAGAAGUGA